AUGGCCCUCAGUCCCGGGCACCCCUUAAAUGGGGAGAGGGUGCUAAGAAUCCCCCGGUCUUCCAAUGAUGUCUUCAAGAUACACAAAGAAAAGAAAAUUGGCACGAGGAACGUGCAGAGUAUGUACCAACCCGGAAAGGCGGCCAAUAGAGUGAAAGAGAUGAAACGACUCCAGAUCGACAUACUAGGAUGCAGCGAAACAAGAUGGCCGGACUCCGGACACUGCAUAAUAGACGAACAUCACAUACACUUCUCUGGAGACAAUACCACUAGAAACAUAAAUGGAGUGGCAAUAAUACUUAAUAACCAAACCAAUAAAGCCGUACAGGGGUUCAUUCCGAUUUCGAAUAGAGUCGCGCUAAACAAGAUCAAGGCUAAACCAUUCGACCUCAACAUCAUACAGUCAUAUGCACCGACAUCCGAAAGCGACGAUCAAGAAAUAGAGAAUUUCUAUAAACAACUUAGAACUGGUCUUGAACAUACAAAGAAGGAAGAAUUUAACAUAAUAAUGGGCGACAUGAACGCUAAGAUCGGACAGGGAAAGGUGGAGAAUGUGGUUGGUGGUUUUGGACUGGGAGUAAGAAAUGAGAGAGGAGAACGACUAAUUGAAUUCUGUCAAGAAGUGGACAUCACAAUCAUGAACACAUUUUUUAAACUACCCCCCCGAAGACUAUACACUUGGAGAUCCCCAGCCGACAACAACCAUAGAAUUGUGAGGAAUCAAAUCGACUUUAUUAUGAUAAACAGAAGAUAUCGCAAUGCGGUUAUCUCUUGUAAAACGUAUCCUCGCGCGGACACACCAUCAGAUCACAACCUGUUACUAGCUCGCACGAAAUUAAGACUGAAGAAGGUAGUUAGAAAGAAAACUCCAAGGACUUCUUGCAUGCAGAAACUCAAACAAGACAACGUAUUACGUUGGACAAAGGAGAGGUUAAACGAAGAAUUCAAAAAUAUAUCUGAGAACAACAACCAUGAAAUAGAAAUAGAAGACCUAUGGAAUAAAAUAAAAGUAUCUAUAACCUCUGUUACAGAAGAAGAACUAAGACCAGACAGAUUGGUAAAGAGACAACAAUGGAUGACAGACUCUAUCUUAGAACUUAUGGAAGAAAGAAGACAACACAGAAACAGGGACAAUGUAAAAUAUAAGGAGCUACACAAGAAAGUCAUAAGAGCAAUUAAAGAAGCUAAAGAAGAACGGUGGCUACAGGAAAAAUGUGUCGAAAUCGAGAUCUUGCAAAAGAAAUACGACAACUUUAAUCUUCAUAAGAAAAUAAAGGAAGCAACGGGAGGAUAUCAAUGA